AUGCCAGGAAAAAUUAUCAACCCUCAAUCCGUCAGUUACAAUAGCUUUGCAGAUUUUAAAUCAACAAAUAAAGGCACGUUGAACGAAUUAGCCAUCAAUUUCCUCAAACAGAUCAAUAAAGGCACACAAUACGCAGAAAUAAUUGACGACAUAAAGAACUACCUCGAGCAGCAAAAUCUCCAAUUAUCCGAGUUACUUGAGCAAUUACAAAAAGGCAAAAGACAAUACAAAUGUCUACUUGGUUUCUGCUACGAACGAAUCCCGGAAUGUCAGGAUCCUGCGAAAGCAUUCACAGCAUAUAAUGAUGCAUCACAAAGUAAUUUCCCGUUCGGAUAUUUGUUCCUUGCUGCGUGUUACGAAAACGGAAUUGGCGUGCGAAGAUCGUUUGCAAAAGCUUUUAAAAACUACAAGAAAGCCGAAGAAUAUAAUAAUUUGCAAUGCACAUGUAUUCAAUAUCGACUUGGAAGAUGCUAUGAACGUGGAAUUGGUACGUCCGUAAAUAUGGAUACGGCUUUCGAUUGGUACAUGAAAGCUGCGACAUCUGGAAACACUGGCGCUCAAAAUAAACUUGGGUACUGGUAUGAAGAAGGCAUACACGUGAAAAAAGAUCCAAAGAAAGCCUUCACCUAUUAUUAUGAAGCAGCAAAAGGUGGUUUUGUUUGCGCCCAGUACAAUACAGCCGAAUGUCUUCGACUAGGAAUCGGCACUACAAAAGGAGCACUACGCGCGUUUUAUUGGUAUCAAAGAGCUGCCGAAAACGGUGAUCCGAAUUCUCAGUAUUGGCUAGCGUAUCAUUAUCAUUAUGGUAUCGCCACUGCGGAAAAUAAUGAAUUGGCUUUAAAAUGGUAUUUAAAAGCCGCAGAAGCAGCAACAGUUACCAUUGAAGUGGCAAGGGUUUAUUAUUCCCUCGGCUGUAUUUAUGAUUAUCGUCAACUUGGCGUGAAACGAGAUGACAAAAAAGCCUUUGGAUGGUAUAAAAAAGCAUCGAAUGCUGGUGUGAUUGAAGCUACUAAACGAUUAGCUAAAUUUUAUCAAAAUGGAUUUGGCACUGAUGUUGAUAUUGAUAAAGCUUACGCAAUGACCUUGAUUGCUAAAGAACAUUAUAAAGAAGAUUCUCAAAAUGAAUAUCGAUAUGAAUAG